GCUUCGGUCGCGAGCUGCGACGCCGCCGUGGCGCAGUGCUACCUGGCCGAGAACGACUGGGAGAUGGAAGUAGGCUUCGCCGCUCUCUUCGUCCUCUUUACCUCGGGCCGGGGGGCGCCCGGGUCUCACGGCUGUGUGUGUUUUUCAGAGAGCGCUGAACUCCUUCUUCGAGCCGCCCGGGCAGGAGAGCGCCGCGGAGAGCCGCCCUCACACGGCGGCGGGGCCCGAGUCCUGUUGACUUACAGGAUCCUGGGGAGUUCGGCUGAGAUUGACUUUGGACCUUAGCAAAGUAUUAACAUCAACGCAGCUGAGCCCCUAGAGGAAGGUCACUCUGCCUGUUUCAAGGACUUGUCAACGGGCUGUAGGUAGUAAGGAAAUUUAACUGUUCUUUUGCCUUUGUUUCCCGCAUCAUUUAUUACCUUUGCCUAGAACCUUUUGUUCGACUCUUUCCAUGCUAAGUCCUAUUUACCUGAAGGCCCAUCUUAGACAGGACUUAUCUCCCAAGAAGCAUUCCUUGAUCUCUCAAGUCUGGGUGGGUUUCCCCUUGUAGGUAAUCUUACAGCAUCCUGCAUGAUCCCAGUCAUAGUAACUUAGUUUAUGUUGUAAUUGCUGUUUAAUAUUUUGUCUCCCACUAAACUACCCAUUUGGCGAAGUCAGUAUCUGUUUUAUACAUUGUUAAUUUCCCAAAGUCUAGUACAGUAUUUGGCAUAUAAUCUCUCAGUAAAUGUAUAUAAAGUUCUCCCAGAUAUAUGGGCAACCUGUGGAGUUAACUGUUCAUAGUGAAGACACUUUUCUCCCUAUGAUCUUUUCAGCUGCACCAGUUUACAGAUGUAGUAAGAUCCUUUCAUUAGGCUCCCUUCCCUGACUAGCCUCUUAUUUAAGGGCGAAUUGUCCCCCAUCCGCAGUGAUAGAGCUCUGCCUCCCAUGUUGUAGUAUUCGCCUAGCUCAAGCUGGCCAGUCAGAUCCUCUCUCCUGGGAUUUCCAGACUGGGAGGAAGAGAGCUCAGUCUGAAUCUUCCUGUGGAGCUGGAAUGGUCACAUGCUAACCUAGUAUUUGUGGGGAAAGCUGAGAACAGGUGGUCUGCAGAAGGAGAAUGAAGCGAGGGAAGUUGAGUCCGUGGAGUCAGAUAAGAGAAAGCCUUGAUUGCAUUUCCUCAGGGAUAGCUGCAUUCCCAUACCUGGCUCUGUGACAUGUUUCUGUUUCUUCUAAAUUCCUCUAUUUUGCUCAUAGGAGCCUGAGUUAAUUUCUGUCAGUUGCAACCUAAAUUGUAACCAGUAAAGAAAUUGGAACAGAGGGUCUUGAUGCAGGGUGGUGAGUUCAAGCCCUCACUAUUUUGAGGGUGGAGCCUACUUAAAAAAAAAAGUAUGUGCAGGGGGUGCCUGGCUGGCUCAGUUGGGCAUGCCACUUUUGAUGUUGGGGUUGUAGUUCAAGCCCCAUGGUCGGUGUAGAGCCUAUUUAAAAUUAAAAUCUUUAAAAAAAAAAAAGAAAUGGACACAGAGGAAGUGGAUUCCCUGAAAUAGUCCCACAGAAAAAAUGUGAAUCCAGCUGAGUAAUGGUGGAAGGGAGGACCAUUAGGAGUUCCCUAUCCCAGAAUGGUAAACUGGAACGUUUGUGACACAGUUGGCAAAAUUUGAAUAGGUCUUAAAAUUAUAUAAUAAUGUUGUAUGAGUGAUAACUUUCUGAUGUUCAGUAAUGCUGGGUAUACAGGUAAGCCUGUCCUUGUUUCUAGGAAAUACAUACAAAGGUAUUUAUGCACACAUUUCAGAAUAAAAAGAGCAAAGCAAGUAAAUGUUACGUGAAAUGUUAACAUUUAUGUGGGUGAAUGGUGAAAAGAAAUCUUUUUACUGUUUUACUGAAAGUCUGAUUUUAUUUCAAAAUAAGAAGUUAAAAUAAUAAGUUAACUAGAUUUAUUGUGGUGGUCACAUGUCAAUGUUUACAAAUACUAAAUCGUUUUAUUGUGCCUGAAAGGAAUAUGUUAUAUGUCAAUUAUAUCUCAAUAAAAUUUUUUAAUUAAAAAGUUAAAAUACUGACAUUAAAUUUAUUAAAGUUAUAAAUAUAAAAACCUAUUUCUUAAAUUUAUGUAUGGUAUAUAACUGCUUGGCAGUCACCUUUUAAUAAUGGUUUGUCCUUGGUGGGGAUGGUGUGAGGUGGUGUCAGGACCAUGGACUGGAGCUUGUGCGUGUGGCCUCUCCAGUGUGGUAGUCUCAGGGUAGUCAGACCUUUUAGGUGAUCUCUCAGGAGACGGUGUUCGAAAAGGCUUGAGUGAAAGCUGCAAAGUUUCAUAUGACCAAGCCUCAGAAGUGCUGGGAUUUCCUUUCCACCAUAUUCUGUUGGUCAAGCAAGUCAGUAAGGCCCAGGUUCGGGGGGAGAGGUGUUAGACUUCACCUUUCAGUGAGGGGACUAACAAAAAUGGCUGCUGUUACUCACAAUGAGAUUUUAUUCCGUAUGUUUCAUACAUUUCACAUAUGAUUUAAAGUGAAUCCAAAAUGGAAAUCUUACACUACAUAGUCUGAUUUCAGGUCAGAGUUUACAAAAUCAUCUUAGUGACUGAUCCAUGUCAUUGAGGGAUAUUGAGUUGGCUCUAACUAUGUAAGUGAGCAAACAUUUGGAUAACACGUAAGAAUCUAUUUUUCCUUAGUUGUAUGACUUCUGCUCUUCUAUAGGCAGAUACUUUUAGGGUUCUUUUAAAAUUAAUUUAUCUGUAAGAUGAGGAGUACAAAUAGUUAGAAAAUAAUUUAGAAUUGAUCAGAGAUGACUUGCAGAGUUGUGUUUCACUGUAAUCUUGCCAGUGUUGACCUAACGAAUGAGGAGACAACUGAUUCCGUUAGUUCUAAAGCCAGUACAUCUGAAGGGAAUCAGCAAGAAGAUGGCAGCGUGUUCUCUCUCAUUACCUGGAAUGUUGAUGGACUGGACCUAAACAAUCUGCCAGAGAGGGCUCGAGGGGUGUGUUCCUAUCUAACUUUGUACAGCCCAGAUGUGGUAUUCCUACAGGAAGUUAUUCCCCCGUAUUGUAGCUACCUAAAGAAGAGAGCAAGUAGUUAUGAGAUUAUUACAGGUCGUGAAGAAGGAUAUUUCACAGCUAUAAUGUUGAAGAAAUCGAGAGUGAAAUUUAAAAGCCAAGAGAUUAUCCCUUUUCCAAAUACAAAAAUGAUGAGAAACCUUUUGUGUGUGUAUGCAAGUGUGUCGGGAAAUGAACUUUGCCUUAUGACUUCUCAUUUGGAGAGCACCAGAGGGCAUGCUAAGGAACGAAUGAAUCAGUUAAAAACGGUUUUAAAGAAAAUGCAAGAGGCUCCAGAGUCAGCUACAGUUAUAUUUGCAGGAGAUACAAAUUUAAGGGAUCAUGAAGUCACCCAGUGUGGUGGUUUACCCAGCAACAUUUUGGAUGUCUGGGAGUUCUUGGGCAAACCUAAGCAUUGCCAGUAUACAUGGGAUACACAGAUGAACUCUAAUCUUGGAAUAUCUGCUGCUUGUAAGCUUCGUUUUGAUCGAAUAUUUUUCAGGACAGCAGCAGAAAGUGGCCAUAUCGUUCCCCAAAGUUUGGACCUCCUCGGGUUGGAAAAACUGGACUGUGGUAGAUUUCCUAGUGAUCACUGGGGUCUUCUGUGCAACCUCGAUGUAAUCUUGUGAAAUGCUUUCCAAAUAAGAGUUUUCUAUCUUCUGAGUAAUUUUGUUCUGGAUUUUUGUAAAGGUAAUUUCUACCUGUCUGGAAAGGUAGGUUAUAUGGAGGAAUUAAUAUACUACAUCAUUGUAACAGAAGAAAACACUACUGUGAUUUUUAUUUUGUGGAUUGUGUCCUUAAAUUUCAGAACUAAAUAUUGAGGUUUAUUUAAAUUAAAGCAUACAGAAUAUGAGACUUCUUCAUAAAGGCCACCAAGACCGUCAGAGCUCCUAAUACUGCUCAGAGCUGCCGGCUGGUUCUCAAGCAGGGCCAUGUUGUCCCUGGGCUAGCCUUUAUAUUUUAUUUUUAAAAUCAGGCACUAAAUAGUUUAUAUUUUAAGUAAAUCUUUAAAAAUAAAAAUAAGAGGUUAUUGUGUUUGGGGGAAGUGGAUCUUUUAAUGCAGGUAAUCUUAAAUGAAAAAAGCCAUGAUUAUGUCCAUUUGAGUAGAUGGCAACUGUCCUAUACCAGACUCUAUUUUUGUCAGUUAAGAGGAUGUGAUUGGUAAGCUAUAAAUGAAAUCUUCUGAUUUGAAAUUCCUUUACUUUUUAAAACUCAUGUUUGUCAACAUGUCGCUGUUUAUGUUGCCAACAGAGGCAAAAUUAGGCUUGAUAAUGAUUAAAGUCGGUGUUCUAGCUGCAUUUGGGCUUUUUUCCUAAGAGAAAAAUAAAUGUUUAAAGAGGAAUAGCCUUUUAGUUUUACUUCUUAUAAAAUUGAAUUAUUUUACAGGAGAGGGAUAAGGAGCACUUUUUAAACGUGCUUUAAAGAAACUUUUCUCCCUGUAAAAAAAAAAAAUGGACUUUAAAUAAAGAAUUUUACUUGUUUAUA